AAAAGUACAGUAUAAAUUCAGUAGGUUGGUGGGUUGCACAUUGUUCUUCUUCAAGAGUCCCCAGACACAUCACAUCUGAGAAAGAACAAGAUUGAUCAUGACCUCAGUGCAGGUGCUAGCCCUGCUGGCUUUGUGCCUAUCAGGGCGCAGUGUGGCCUUUGUCCCCAUUGGAGGAGGGUCAUCCAAUCAUGUCAGCAUUACUGGAAUGGCUGUAUUGCAAACUGUGAUGGAAACGUGUCGGGCGGUGGCUGAGGCAGCUGGUCAUGAGUUCAAGCCCACGGGUUCAUCUCCUGAGGAGCUGGUCCAGGCUUGUUUAGGUCCAACGGCGACAGGAGAAGUGUCUGGUGCAAAGUUUCACUCUGCCCUUCAAUCGAUCUACACACAGAACGGACUGGUAGACCGUGACUUUGUCAACAGUGCUCCACACCACUUUAACUCAGAGGCCUUUCUAGAGGGACGUAGGCUCAUCACGGAGGGUGUAGUAGCCAUAAAGGCUAACAUUCGCAGUGAGAACUUCCAGGCCGCCAGGGAAACACUGGGCAGAGUGCUUCACACACUGCAGGAUUUCUACAGCCACAGUAACUGGGUGGAGCUUGGAUACACAGAGCCAUACAUCAAUCUCAUCCGCCCAGAUCUUCCUCUAGACAACCUUGCAGAUGUGGACACUGCAACCUGCAGUGACUGUGCCAGUGGAACAUGCCCCAAUCCCAUCCUGCCUAACAUCCUGAAGGAGAAGAAACUCACAUCUGGCUAUAUGGGAAUUUUCUCUGCUGCCAAGCCAAAAGGUAAAUGCAGCCAUGGAGGUGCAGGUGACCUGACUGCAACAGCAGUUCCUCGCGGAGGCAUCAGCAAAGACGAACGUCGCUCGGACAAUGUGGCUCUUCACACUGUAGCCGUGAAUGUAGCAACUGCUGCCAGUCUCCAGCUUCUGCAGGACAUCCGGUUUGCUGCUGGGGACGACGACUUUUUGAGAAUGAUGGGGAUCGCCCGCUCUUCUGUGGUGUGCUUUGUCAUUGACACAACUGGUAGUAUGAAAGAUGACAUCGAUGAAGCCAGGGCGGUUGUUUAUGAAAUCAUUGACAGCAAAAAAGGAACACAGGACGAGCCAUCCGAAUACAUUCUGGUGCCAUUCAAUGACCCAAGAUUUGGACCUAUGACCAAAACAACAGACGCUGAAACCAUGAAACGAGAAAUUUCAAAACUCACAGCCACUGGAGGUGAAGAUGAACCUGAGAUGUGCCUGUCAGGACUUCAGUUGGCUCUCACUGGGGCCCCUGACUCCUCCCACAUUUAUGUUUUCACUGAUGCUACAGCCAAAGAUAUUCAUCUCAAGGACACUAUUGUUGCACUUAUGAGGACUACCAAGUCAACGGUAUCGUUCUUCAUGACUACGAGAUCUAGAAGGCAAAGUCGUUCUCUUCGAGCUGCCUCUUUUGAAGACUACAAGGACCUGGCUUUGGCUUCUGGAGGCCAGGCCAUCCAAGUGUCUAAAAAUCAGUUGCCUCAGGCCACAGACAUCAUCCUUGACACCUCAACUUCAGCUCUGGUGACAAUUCUUCAGCGAGCAAGAAAUCCUGGGAAACAGGAGACUUUCUCUUUUAUGUUGGAUGAAUCUCUGAAAAAUAUCACUGUCUACAUAACAGGAACAUCCAUUACUUUCACGUUGACUAACCCUGCAGGUGUUAGCCAGAGCCAUAAUGAGGCCAAUGGUAAACUGGGAACCAUUCAGACCGUGGGUAACUUGAGAAGAAUUCGUCUUAAUGCUGACAAACACACAGGAGCCUGGCAGAUCAACAUCAACUCCAACCAACCAUACACACUUAAAGUCACAGGCCAGAGCAUCAUUACCUUCAUCUAUGACUUUGUGGAAAGUUUCAAGGGACCUCACCCAGGUUAUGCAGUACUCAGUGGGCGUCCACAAGCAGGCCAGCCGGCUUCCCUUAUGCUCUCAAUAAUGGGUAGGAAAGGUCCGUCCUCGUUGUCUGUUGGUGCUGUUGGCCUGGUGACUGUGUCUGGCCCUGAGACUGUAAGCAAUGGCACAGCAACCGACAUGGGUAACGGAGACAUCUUGGUGACUGUUGUUGCAGUCCCUGAGGGGGAGUUUGUGAUCAGUCUGAAAGGAACUGACAAGGUAUCAAAAAGUGAAUUUCAGAGGCAGUCCACCACCCAAAUGUCUCUCUCCAGAGUGAAUAUCCAGGCUGUGGUAGAUAGCAGUGUGGAACCAGGAAAAGCCUUAGAGGUCCCCUUUAGUGUCAGGACCCAGGGUCCUAGUGGUAUAUACACCAUCACAGCCAAAAAUGACGGAGACAUCCCCAUGACCUACCCACCCAGCCUCACCUUGACUACUGGACAAUAUGGUAAUGGUACCUUGACCAUUAAACCACCUGCCAGCAUUCCUUCAGGCACUGAUGUUACUGUUACAUUGGAAGCCAAAUCUGGUGGUGACUCCAACUACGCAGUGUUGAAAAUAUCUGUAGUCACCAAGAUUACAGAUUUUGUUCCACCUCUGUGUCAAGUGGUUGGUGUGCUGGCUGAUGAUUGCCCUCAUGAUGUGUCUCAGUGUGGACCCUUCCAAUGGCAGUUUUUGGCCAACCUAACAGAUGGAAAUGGCACGGGAAUAGAAAGAAUUGCUCUGCAACAGGGCAAUGGAAACCUAACCUACACUUCCUUGAGUAAACCUCUCGUUGUGGCGAACUACACAGCCUCCUGCUGUUCACAGAUUGUUGAGUUUACAGCAGUAGAUAAAGUUGGCAAUGUGGGCAAGUGCUACCAUUCAAUUGAACGUUCUGCUGGCCCUCCUGCCUUAUUCCUUUCUCUGCCACUUUGGUUGUGCCUUCUGGUAUCUGCCCUCCUAGCAAGGCCUUGAAGGGCUUAGGCAAGUACAUUGGAGUGUGAAAGUGAUUGGCAAUAUAGUCAAUAUUUAUAAUAUUCACUCAGUUGUAUCUCAUUGUUAAACACUAUUAGUGUUAUAAACAUAAUUGACAAUA